AUGAAGUGUAUAAAUGCUGAAGAUAAAAUUCAACAAGACCAUGAAGUGCUCUACAAAAUGUUUAAAUCUUUAAGACGACAUGAAGAUGAUAAAUUUAUUAAUGGUAGCAUAAAAUUAAAAAAAAAAAGUUUAAAUGAAGAAAUCAACCGAUUUAAAGAUAUUAAUGAUAAGUAUAUUUUUAGCAAUGUGAAGAAAAAAAUAAAAUUAGAAAUAAAUGGAUGUAUAAAAAUAAAAAGAAAAGGAGCACAUGAAGAAUACUAUAAUCAAUUAGUAAAGAAGGUUUUACAUGGGAGCAUUUUUAUUCAAAAUAAAAAUAUAAAUAAUAUUCUAGAUUAUAUAAAAUAUAUUAAAUAUAUAAAAUUGGGUGGGAAAAUAAGUAUGGUAAAAAAAAAAAAAAGAACAGAUAAAAAUGAAAUCAUCUCACCUCUUUUAUCAAAGGAAAAUAUAAACAAAUUAAGAUAUCUAAAAACAAUUUAUGAUGUUAAAAAAGAAAGAAAUCAAAAGAGUCCAAGAAAAUCAAGUUAUAAUAUAGAAAGAAAAGAAAUAUUAGAUUUAAGCAUGAACAGAUAUUCUCAUUUUCAAUCAGAAAUAUCUAAUAAUUACAAUUUAAAAAAUAACAAUUUUUAUGACAGUAUUAAGUUGGUUGAUAAUAAAAUGGGAAAGACAAAAGGAAAUAAAGAAAAAGGAAAUAAAGGAAAAGAGGAGGAUAAGGAUAAGGAUAAACAUAAAGAUAAAGAUAAGUCUAAGGAGAAAGAAAAAGAUAUAAAUAUAUAUAAAACAAAUGGUAGUAUAAAAAAUACGUUGAAUAAUAAUAAAUGUUCGUUUGUAUUAAGCCCUUCAUGUAAUGAUAAAAUUAGACAUGUAGAUGAACUUGAAAAAAAAAUGAAUACUUUUAAAUUAAAUAUCCCCUCUUCUAUUAUUAAUAAAUUUAAUAAAUCUAAUAAUACUAAUGCGGUAGAGAACAGGGGAAGUAUUAAAUAUAAUUUGAUUAAGGAGAGACAAGAAUUUAUGUAUGAACCAAUAAGGAAUAAUAAAGAGAAACAUAACAAAAUACAUUUAAAGGGUACUAUUAAUUAUAUAAAUAAUAAUAAUAAUAAUAAAAAGAAAAAUAAUAAUAAUAAUGUUCAUCCGACUAAAUUUAUAUUUAUGGGAAAGAAAAAAAAAAAAAUCAUUGAACAUGAAGGUACUGAUGAUAAUUAUAUUUUGGGUAAUGAAGAAAAGAAAAAAUUAUUAUAUAUGGACCAAUAUAAUAAUGAAACGAAUAAAUCACAUGAAACAAAUGUAUUAUGUGGAAAUAAAAUAUAUAACAAGUGUGGUAAUAAAAAUAUAUUUCUAGAUCAUUCUGUUUUUUUGAACUACAACAAGAAAGUCCCCAAACAUAUAAGUAUGUCAUGCUCUAGUAAAAAUAAAGAUAUGAAGAAAUCAACAUAUGAUGAAACUAUGUUGAGUAUGAGUGAUGUAGAUGAUAUAGAUUAUUUUAUGUAUAUAAAAGAAAAAAAUGCAAUAAAAUAUAAGGAUUAUAUGAACAAGCCAAAGACUAUAUGUCAAGACAAAUCUUCGAUAGAAAAAGAAAAGUCGGUUUUAAGAAUUAAAAAGGUAGAAGAUCAAGGGGACAUAAAAGAAAAAAAAAGUUAUAUGAAUGAUUUGAAAUAUAAAAUAGAUAAAAAGGAACCUAGUAAUAAAGAGAAUACUUCAAAUAUUAGAAAUAAAAAAUUUUCAUCCGUUUCUCGAAAACUCUCCAAACAUUUUAGUUUAUCAAGAAGUGGGGCUACUUUUAGCAUGUCCAAUAAAAAAGAAAAGAAAAGUAACAAAAAAAAGAGAACCAGAUUUAAUAAGGAAAACAGAUAUAUGAAAAAAUAUUUAAAUAAAAUUAUGAACAUGUCAAUAUUAAGGAGACAUUUUAAUAACGUUAAUUCUAGUGUGUACAUUACCCAUCAAAAAUGUUUUGAUAAACAUGAAGAACAUACAAAGAUAAAUGAGAAAAAAUGUAAAAAAGGUGUUAUAAAAACUGUGGAUGGAAAGGAAGAUAUGAACAUAUUAAAUGUGAACAAUAAUAAAGAGAAAAUAACGACGAAAGGUAAUAAGAAUGAUCAUGUGGGUGAUAGUAAAGAUGGUAAUAAGAAUGAUCAUGUGGGUGAUAGUAAAGAUGGUAAUAAGAAUGAUCAUGUGGGUGAUAGUAAAGAGGAUAAUAAGAAUGAUCAUGUUGGUGAUAGUAAAGAGGAUAAUAAGAACGAUCAUGUGGGUGAUAGUAAAGAUAAUAAUAAGAACGAUCAUGUGGGUGAUAGUAAAGAUAAUAAUAAGAACGAUCAUGUGGGUGAUAGUAAAGAUAAUAAUAAGAACGAUCAUGUGGGUGAUAGUAAAGAGGAUAAUACAAUAAUCCUUUCAAAGGAGAAGAAUAUAAAAAUAGGUAUUUAUUUUGAAGAAACAUGCGAUAUUAAACAGAGUAAUGAUAAAAAUAUCUCUACGACAAACGAAAUAAAAAAAAUGAGUUCUCCUGUAACCAACAAAUUAUUAACAAAAAAAAUGGGAUUUCCUGUUACCAACAAAUUAUUAACAAAAAAAGAAGGUAUGUUAAAAAAAUUUGCUAUAUCAAAAGAAAAAAUGGACAUAACUAAGAAAGAGGGAGUUGUAUUAAGCAUGAAGAAAUCAUUUAGUUUAAAAAAAGAUGCAGAAAUCCACAUAUCUAAUGAUGACAAUGUUAUGGAUAAAAAUAAAGUAAAUUCGACCAUAAAAUCUGUACAAGAUAUUUUAUCUAAACAAUUAUUCAAGUCUAAAGGAAAUCCACUUCUAAUUAAUAAAAAGCAUGUUCCCAAAAUGGAUUCUACUAAUAAAAUGAUUGUUGAUAAAAAAAUAUCUUUUAAGAGUUCAUUAUUCAAGAAGGAUGAAAAUAAAAAAACGAAUUAUAUAAAUUCAGAAAAAGAGGAAGAGAAGAAUGUAAAUAUGGAAAAAUUCUUACUAAAUGAGCUAAAGGAGAAUUAUUUAAAUGAUGAAAGAAUAAAUAAACCUGGAUUAUCUAAGGAAGAUGAUGUUGAUAUAAAAGAACCCGUUUUGAUCAACGAACAAGUGGAUCUCAUAAAAAAAGAAGAUCAAAAUAUUUGUACAAAUACCGAACAAGAACAUGAAAUGAUGCAAGAACAAAAAAUAAAUGAGGAUGAAGUUAAUUCAAAAGGAGAUGAGAAUACAAAAAAAACUGAGAACACAAUAAAUGACAAGGAAACGAUUGAUAUUAUAAAUAAAAAGAAUUCAUCAGAAUCGGUAAAAGAAGAAAUAAUGGAAAAAGAAAUGUUAGAUGAGAAAGAUAAAAAUGUACCACAUUACUUAGAAUGUAAUAAUUUACAUAAUAUGGAUGAAAAUACAAAAGAGAUAAAAGUUGAAAAAUGUAAUGAUUAUAUGACGGAUAAUAUAACAAGUAAAAAUAAUAAUAUGAUCAUCAAAAAGAUAAAUAUGAAAAUGCUUCCUAUGGUUACUAAAAAAGCUCUUCCUAAAAGUAAAGCUUUACCAAUAUUAUUAAAAAAGAAUAUAAGUAUUCCGAAAGAAAAAUUUACAACGAAUAAGAAGUUAUCUAACGAAUCGAUUGACAAAACGGAAUCAAGUAAUAUAAAAAUGGAUGAACAUAAAGAAGAAGAAAAACAAAUUAUAAAACCGAGUAAAAGUAUACAUAAAAUUAUAAAACCAGGAAGACACAGUUUCUUUAAUGCUAAUAAAUUAUUAAAUUCUAUUGAGAUAAAAAUUGGAGAACAUAAUUCAAAAAUUAUUGAAAAGGAGGGACCAAUAAAAAUGUUCUCAAGUAGUACGUCUAUAAUAUCGGAUGGAAAAAUAGAUUCUAUUCAUAAAAGUGAUGAGGAAGAAAAAAUAAAUGAUUUAAAGGAAGAUUCAAAUGUAAAUAUAUAUGUGAAGGAAAAAGGAAAAGGAAAAGUGUUUAUGAAAAAAGGGAUACCUAAAUUGAUGAUGAAAUUUAAUGCAUUUUCUACAAAAAAAAUGGGGAUCAACAAUUUGGAAAAUAAUAAAAAAGUAAAUACUUUGAGAAGCAUAAAGGAUGAUAAAAUAUUAGAAAAAACAAAUGAUACGUUGGAAGAAAUAAAUGGUACAUUAGAAAAAACAAAUGGUACGUUGGAAGAAACAAAUGGUACAUUAGAAAAAACAAAUGGUACGUUGGAAGAAACAAGUGAAAUAUCAAAUAUACAACAUGAAGAAGAAGUAAAAAACGAAAAAGAUGCUACCUUACAAGAUGAUGAUGACGCAGGACAUACUCUAAAAACUACAAAGGCUAUCCUUAUGAAAAAAAUUCCAGCAAAAUAUAAAAUGAAUACGGUAAAAAUGGGAGAUAUUAAAUUACCCAGCCAUAUGAAUAAAUUUAUAAAUAAAUUUCACAGUGUGAAAAUUUUAUCAACAUUGAAAGAAUUCCCUGUUAAAAAAUUAAUAAAAAAAAAAGAUAGUAACGAAGAAAAUAAUUCGUUAGAGAAAAUAAAAAUGGAUAAAGAAAAAAUUAAUGAUGUUGAUAUGGAGAAAGAAGCUGAUGAAGAUGUUAUGAAGAUAGAAGAAAGUGUAAUGAAUAAAAAGGAAAAUGAUGAAACGGAAAUUGAAAUGAACAAUAAUAAUGAAGUGGAUAAUAAUGAAAUAGAUAAUAAUAAAGUGGAUAAUAAUGAAAUAGAUAAUAAUAAAGUGGAUAAUAAUGAAAUAGAUAAUAAUAAAGUGGAUAAUAAUGAAAUAGAUAAUAAUAAAGUGGAUAAUAAUGAAAUAGAUAAUAAUAAAGUGGAUAAUAAUGAAAUAGAUAAUGAUAAAGUGGAUAAUAUAUCACAAGAUAAGAGUGAAAUUUCUCUAAAUAAAAUAGAAGAACCAAACCUUGUAGCUGAAUCAACAACAAUAGAGAAGGAACCGAUAGACAAAAUUAUUCCAAGAAGUUUCUCUAAAUCAUUAAGCAUUCCUAUGAAAGUGCCUACAAUAAAAGAAAACAUAAAUAAAGCAAAACCAACAUUUUGGAAUAAACCCAAAGGGAAAAUGUUCUUUUUGACCAAAAAAGAAAAGAGCAUUUCGCAAGCAAAGGAAAUUUUAAGAUCUCUUGAAAAAUCAAACAAUUGA